AUGAGCAAUGGAAAGCACGGAGCAAUCCGCUCCGCACUGGGACACUUACUGGUCUUCAGGGAUCGAAACGGAAGAGAAGAAGGGAAGCGCUGUGGGAAGAACGGAAGUCUCGCCAGGGAUGGUGGAGACUUUGGACACAAUUGGACUCAUGUGGCAUUCUGUGUUUCGACUUCCCUCGAAGAAAACAAAGAGGUCAAUCACUACGAAAUCUUGUCAAGUUACAAACACAUAUCACACAACACAACCUGCCUUCAAAUACUUUUUUGCAUUCGCUUUUGGCUACCUUUUGAGCCGCACGGCCCAGAGGACUGGCUGGUGCGGAGGCAGGGACAGCUGGCAUGGUGCUUGGCUCAGGCCUCGCCUGUUUAG